GGUUUUGAACCAACUAAAACUUUUAAACCUGUCCAUUUAUCUUCAUUUUUCAGUCGCAGCUUAUGUCGCUGGCCCCCACCCCUCCCCAUGUAGGUUAACAAUAUUGGAGCGAGUCUUUUGCUACUUCUGCAAGACUUAAGGACGCCUGGCAUAAAGUUCAUACUAAACAGUUGUUGGAGAUGGAGGAAAAGGUUUUUUUUUAAAAUAUGUAUUUUACAUAUAACAGGCCUGUUUUACCUUUCUGUGUAAAGUUCCACAACAAUAACAAUUUUUUUUGAGAAAGCUGUUCUGAAAGUUUUUCCUAACCAACCACUGAAAAUCAAAAAUGGAAGCAACUGAUCUUUCUAAGAAAGAGCAGCUCAUUUUUGUUUCAGAUGUGGUGCAAUAUAUGUAUGCUCUUUGGCAUAUCUUAGUUACCACCUUAUUCUCUGCCCCUUAAUGUUUUCUUUUCCUUCUAGGCAAUAUGCUACAAAUAAUAGUCAGAGCUUGUUUGGAAAAUCAGUGGAGGCCAGUUUAUUCCCAGAUGCAUAGUUGUUUACUGCAAAAGCAGAUUAAAAACUGGCACAGGAGCCUUAGCACAACAAACACACAAUGUUCAAAAUCGCGGAAAACCUGUAAAGGAAAUCUAUCUGAGAAGAAGUUGAGUCGAUAUUUCAUCGAUCAUCGAAAGGUUCGUGUGAUAGGAGGGAAAGGAGGAGAUGGUAUCGCUUGUUUUCUCAGUGAACCUAGAAAAGAAUUUGGAGGUCCCAAUGGGGGAGAUGGGGGAGAUGGGGGACAUGUUAUAUUUAAAGUGGACCGGCAAAUCAAAUCCUUGGCCUACGUCCACCCAUUUUAUAGAGGCUUCAGUGGGGAAAGGGGAGGAAGCAAAAACUGUUAUGGAGCAGCUGGCAGGCCCCUUUAUAUUAAGGUACCUAUUGGUACCAUGAUUAAGGAAGGCACUAAGAUUGUAGCUGAUCUCAACCUUCCCGGGGAAGAAUACGUUGCAGUCUAUGGUGGAGCUGGGGGCAAAGGCAACCGUUUCUUUCUGGCUAAUGACAACCGAGCACCAACAACUGCGACUCCUGGAGAACUGGGUGAGGAAAGGUCCCUUCACUUGGAGCUCAAAACUGUGGGCCAUGCAGGGAUGAUUGGAUUCCCCAAUGCUGGGAAAUCGUCCCUCUUGCGAGCAAUCUCCAGAGCAAAACCUGCUGUGGCUCCUUACCCAUUCACAACCCUGAAUCCUCACGUAGGCAUUGUUCACUAUGAAGAUUACGAGCAGAUUGCAGUUGUAGAUAUCCCUGGAAUAAUAAAAGGAGCCCAUGAAGAUCGGGGACUUGGUUUGGCCUUUCUGAGACAUAUAGAACGCUGCUGCUUUCUCCUCUUUGUGUUGGAUCUCUCUGUGGCUGAGCCCUGGGCUCAUUUGGAAGCCUUGAAGUAUGAACUGGAACAGUAUAGAGUUGGCUUGUCAAAGAUGCCUCAUGCCAUUGUUGCAAAUAAGUUUGACCUUCCGGAAUCCAAAAACAACUUGCCUUUACUUAAGGAGCAACUGAAGCAGAGAGUCAUCCCACUCUCUGCUCUGACAGGAGAAAAUCUGGAGGAAUUGUUGGUGCAUCUGAGAGAACUCUAUGAUGAUUAUUUGAAAUCAGAAAAAGAACAGGUUCGCAAGCCAAUGAAAUGGUAGUAACAGAACUCUUCCAUUAUCACAUUGAGAUAGGAAGGACAUUUGGAGUUCGGGCAUGGACAGGAGGAGGAUAGUCUCUACAAGCAGAAUGAAAUUGCUUUUUAUUCGUUAAUGUUAUAAGGAGAUACACAGAGCCCUACCAGCAGAGUGCUGCAGAAGCAGAUAAGAAAGAAUGGUCAGUCUGCCCAAACAAUAAACGAAACAAAAGAUGAGUCCACCAGAAAGUGAAAUGUUCUUAAGCCUAUUGAGACCUACAGGGCAUAAUUUAAUUAAAGGACUAUUCAAUAAUUUAAUAAAGGUAUGUUCAUUUAUUA